ACUGUCUUCUAACGUGGUUACUAUUUUUUAACUGCUCGUGGCCCAGGUCUCGCUAUCUAACAUUAGGUUCUCCAGUUAGCUUGCCAGGUAACUGUUAGCCUGAUGUUAUAUGCAGCGAAAUAAAUCUGAUACUCACUCUGCUAUUGCCCAUGCGCUGGCCAGUUUGCAAAUUUGGUAAUAAUAAUGCGGCUGACAGACAUUUACUUAUUCAGCAACAUGCUGAUUUGUACAACAUAAAAUGUGUAUAACGAAGCUGUCAACCAUUAGCUUGUUAGCUAACUAUCUAACCUAGUUAGCUUCUCGAGUUCUGAAAAGGCAGUCCGUUGCGAUUAACAAGUGGCUAUUCGAGGUCAUUUGAGGUAAGUGUUGUAAGGAUGACGAUGGCUCAUGUUGGGGCAAUAGUUGCGACUGUCACCGGAGUGAUGGCCAUGUUUCUGCACUCCUCAAUACACAAGAUUGAAGAGGGGCACCUUGCUGUUUACUACAGAGGUGGGGCUCUUCUGAUGUCUCCAAAUGGCCCAGGCUACCACAUCAUGCUACCGUUCAUCACCAGUUACCGAUCUGUCCAGACAACCCUCCAGACAGAUGAAAUAAAGAAUGUGCCUUGUGGAACCAGUGGAGGUGUCAUGAUCUACUUUGAUCGAAUUGAAGUGGUCAACAUGCUGGUUCCUACAGCAGUGAUAGACAUUGUGAAAAACUACACUGCUGAUUAUGACAAGACGUUGAUCUUUAAUAAGAUCCACCACGAGCUGAAUCAGUUCUGCAGCGUACAUACUCUCCAGGAGGUCUACAUCGAAUUAUUUGACAUUAUCGAUGAGAACCUGAAGAUUGCACUUCAGAAGGAGCUGAAUGUUAUGGCGCCUGGUCUCACUAUUCAGGCAGUGCGUGUUACAAAGCCCAAAAUUCCAGAGGCAAUCAGGAGGAAUUUUGAAUUAAUGGAGGCUGAGAAGACCAGGCUGCUCAUCACUGCACAGACCCAGAAGGUGGUGGAGAAGGAGGCUGAGACAGAGCGAAAGAAAGCCAUCAUUGAGGCCCAGAAGAUAGCACUAGUGGCUGAAAUCCACUACAGGCAGAAGGUCAUGGAGAAAGAAACAGAGAAGAGGAUCUCUGAAAUAGAAGACGCGGCGUUUCUGGCCAGAGAGAAGGCCAGGGCAGAUGCAGAAUACUACACUGCAGAAAGGCUAGCUGAAGCUAAUAGGUUGAAGCUCACUCCUGAAUACCUUGAGCUCAUGAGGCACCAGGCGAUUGCGGCCAACAGCAAGAUCUACUUCGGACAGGACAUCCCCACCAUGUUCCUGGACAACAGCGGCAGCCCGGGCCGGACUAAGAGCGAGCGGGAGCCCCAGGACCUGCUGGAAGUUCUGGACCGGGGCGGGAGACGCAGGAGAGCAUCCUCUAAAAUGUCUGGGCGCUGAGGAGAAGGGGGCUAGAAGGCCACGCCCCAGCCGUCGGUCUGCUGGAGAAUUUACGGGCAUGCUCUGUCACUUAGCUUUUCUCUUCUGAAGGUGGAGAACAGGGAGUGCUGACUGCUGACUGACAGGCUGAGGGAUGUGGCUGUCCUGUUUUCGCAGUGGCUCAUGUGACACUGCUCUGUCAGGUGGGACAGGUACGAGCUGAGUUAGUGUGUGUGCGCACUGCCUGAAUGACUGCUGCAGAUUACCUAUGAUGGCUAACUACCGCUGGGACAUGGGUGUCAAUCUAAUGUGAUUACAGCGACAAGAGUAACCACUUUUUUUAAUGAGAAGAUUAUUCGCUGGGUCUUAUAUGCAACUCUUGGCUUUGCAAAUUUAUGCGUUCAUAUUUUUUUUGACCUGUGCAUUUAGUUUCCGGGUUGAUCUACAUUUAAAUUCAGAGGGUUAUUAAUUUGAAGCAGUUGUUUAGUUUUUUUUGUGUAACUGGAAUUAUCUGGCUAAGGUAUACAAGAACAUUUGCAAUUCACUCUUCUGUAAAGGGAAAUUUCCUCGGUAAGGAAUAUAACUUUUUUGAAUAAAUGAUUUGAAUGUGAACAUCGCAGCACUUGGAAGUUUCAUUGUAGGAAUACUUAUCGAUUACCUAGCUCACUCAAGUAAUGGCUUUAUUAGCCAAAGGCAUUUCAUCUGUUAACACAAAUCAGACUGGUUAAGUGUUAUUUAAGUUCUUACUUAAGGAGAAAAAUGUGUUAUGUCACAGGCCAAUAAUGAUGUUUACACGUGCAUAUAUUUCCACAUGCUGAACCCCGAGGUGUCUUGUAGAAUAGCGUGAUUGGUGGCACUGUAACAGAGAGUCGAGUUUAAACACUAAAGAUGAUGCUUCUUACAAAGGGCACCAAGGACAAAGGGCUUGAACCAAAAAAACAAAUCAUGCUUCAGUUUCACCAUCUUUAUUAUUCAUUAUCUAAAGAAUGAUUAAAUAAUUCUAUUUUUGUCAAAGCAUAUCUAAGUGGGCACCGGAAUACAUUUUAAUGUUUGAAAAUGAGCUCUUAUUAUUUUGUAUUGGGUGCAGCUGGUGAUGUGGUGCCACCAGGAUGUGCUGAGGUGAUUGUUUUGUAAACGGAAAUGUGUCCAAAGGGUGCCUCUUCACAUAAUAUAGGGGUACCCUUAAGGUGAGGUGACAGAUUCUUCUGUCUUGAGUCUGUCUUUCUUGCAAUGGAGACUGAAUAUGUUUAUUUUUAUUUUUGGGUAGACCGAGCUUGAACUGCACUGCCCCUGUAGAUUUGUCCAAGAUCAAAUGCUCAGUGCUCUGCCUGUAAAGGCCAAAUGCCUGUAUUCAGAAUGAUUUGGGGGCUGAUUUAAUGUAGUUGGCACUGGGGGCUUGACAGGUCUUGCCAUUUAUGGAUAUCUCGUGUUUUUAUUUUGUAUUAAAUCUGUGCUAUGCCAUAAAUUCAGUUUGAAUUAAAUGGAAUCUGUGCUAAUGGAGAACAAGAAAGUCUCCAAAAAUGUGAUUAAUAAAAUCUUUGCUAACUGUUGCAGUAUUUCAGAAGGAUACUUGAGGUUUAAACUGUAUAAACAUUUUCCUUUCCUGGGGAUGGAUGCAGUGAAAGCUGGAGAUGGUGUAGGAGUACCCCCUCUUCCCCCCCCCCAAAUUAAUUCCUUGAUUAAUAUAUUUUGGUGUUUUCGGCUCUUGUGGUUGAGAUUUUAAGUAAAGGAACUGGAUCUGCCUGCAGGGGGAGCUGUUGUGCUUCCUAAAAUAGCUUCACUCCACUCCACUCCAUGUCCUGUGGGCUGCAGUGUCUGUAUUUGCGCCUACCAUGCGCUACACCACCCGAUUUCACUAAUUAUUUUACCUGCUUGGUUCAGAUAAUAGACUAAUUCAUGAAAUCAGGUGGUGUAGACCCUGCGGCCCACAUGACGUGGAGUUGAGUUCAGCGCUGGUCUAAAGUAAUGUGUUAUUCAAGUCUGAGGAAUUUGUUUAGUAGAGCCAUGUUUUGUUGUUCAUUGGAGACUGCCGUGCUGUGUGCCUGUGUUGUUUAUGAGCAUAUAAGGUGUAAAGCACACAUGAGCCUAUACAAAGCCAAGCGUGCAUCCGGCAUUAUUGUCCUGUUACAAUUUAAUUUAAUUUAAUUCAGUAUCUCAGGAUGUUCAGUACUUUUCUUUAAAGCUGAUUAAGCAAUUGUUCAAAUUCGGUGAUUUCUACAGCCAUCUUUGGUUGUUUUGUGGUAUAGUGAUGUGUUCAUUGUAAUUUGUCAAAGCAUUAUAUUAAUUUACUGACGAUGCAAAGGUCGUAACACUAAAACCUUCAACUAAUCAACUAAACAAAUUCAGCAAAAACAGUGGGAAAUUUCCAAGAACUGCAUGCUUAAUCCCAAUAAUGUGAUUGGUGUUAUUCCAAGACAUUCUUGCUUACUUGGUGAAGGAGAUCAGUUGAGUUGUCAGAAAGAUAGUUGUGGCGAUGGUUAGUGAUGCUUUCAUUCUGAUUAGCAAUGUGAUGCAAAACGUUUGAAUUGAAAAUUUCAUAUGUUUACUAUGUGAAUGCUACUUUUUUGUACAAUCUGCGUAAUCUGAAUAUGUCGCAAUUUUGAAAUGUUUUUAUGCAACCUUUCCAAGCAGUUUUGACAAUGGCCUCUGAAAAAAUAAAACAUAUUUUGAUACCACAA